CAAGACUCUUCGAAAUGGUCGCCACUGAAAAGAAAUUCACGCUCAGGCACAUUUUCAAGAAUGUAUCACAGUUGGAGGACGGAAAAUAUUUGUAUAGUCCCGAUGAAGAUCAUUUCAAUGUUGAUUGGAAUAUGUCAAUUUCUCACAAGAAAGAAAAAUUGGGAGUAUAUUUUUAUUGCUAUAAAUCGGAAGAGAGUGCAUCCGCGUGGUCCAUUGAUACUGAAUACGAUCUUGCACUCAAAAACUCGAGUGGGAAACGAAUUUCAAUAGAUUUUAAGUAUAAAUUUUCGACCUCAACAGGAUUUGGAACUGCUGAAUUGGUUAGUUGGGACGCAAUGAUCAAGGAUUACCUGAUCGAUGACGUCAUCAUCAUGGAAGCCACUGUAAAAAUCAUAAAUUUGAUGGGAAUUCCGAAGAAAACGCUCAGAACAUUCGAUGAGUCGAACGAGGAGUUUUCCGAUGUGAUUCUGACUGUCGAAGACGAGAAGUUCUACGUUUUGAAGCAGUUCCUCGCCUCUCAUUCUUCACACUUCAAGACACUCUUUUUGAGAAAAUGCGAGGAAGAAGCUGAAAAAUCAGAAUAUACACUUCAGGAUAUCAACUCCAUCGAUUUUCAGAAUCUUCUAGAGGUGUUGCACGGAGAACCGGCUAUCGAUGAGGAAACUGUUCAAGGAAUUCGUGAUUUGGCUGACAAGUACGAUAUGCCGUUCCCAACUCGCAAAUGCGAGGAAUUCCUUAUCGAUUUGUCUGAAAAAUCGAUAAAGGAGAAGCUUAAAAUCGCUAAGCAAUUCCAGCUGGAGAAGUUGAAGAUGCAUUGUCUCUCAAAAAUCGAAACUGUCGAUCAUAUCAAAGCGGCAAUGACAGGCGAUCCAAUUGAAAUGGAUUUGAGUGUGCUGGCGGCUCUUCUCGGAAAAUCACUGGCUCUUCAUUGAUCUUUACGAUCGAAUUUGUUAAUUUUUUACCUUAACUAUUCUAUCCUUGUUUUUUGUUGAAAUUUUGAAUGAAUCCUUGUUGUUUU